AUGGACUUGGAAUAUUACGAGGCUAGCGCGGUCGUUUUGGAAGAAAGAGCACUACCAGCUCUGACCACAAGUACCGAAGAAACGACAGCUAAGCAGACUUCUACCAAUACAGACGAUGAUAAAACAACUAGUACCAGCACUUCAACUAGUACCGGGACUUCAAGUAAAAAUACCAAGCUGCCCAGUCUGACGACUAAGACCACCGAUGGAAGUACAUUGACCACAAGUACCGGAACUAGUUCUACUGAAACAGCAUCUUAUACAACCCCGGUGAUGGAACUUCCAUCAGCUAAGGGAAACCCUAACAUAUGGUCAUCAAAUAAACCAACGGGAACUGUAUUUAUUGCUGUCGGUAGUGCUGCAGGGUUCAUAUUUUUAGCUUUGUUAGUAUGGUUCAUUAUCAACACAUGGAUGUCCUACUCUCAAGCGAAACAGCUAAAGAAAUUUAACAAUAUGGAAAAGCAGUUCCAAAAUCCUUUCAUAGACGAUAUAGAUUUCAGUUCAGGUGGUGGCUACUAUAAAGCUGAUGAGGAUAUUAGCACAUACAAAGACACUCCAGUGCCUACGAAAAAUGGCGGAAACAAUUCGUUUACUCCGUAUAAGAGGGCAUCUCAUAGCAUGAUUCGACUGUUAGGUGGAUCCACCGACGAUGGUUUCGGAGGAGGAACACCAUCAUCUAUCGGUAAUACCAAUCUGGGAUCUAUGAAUCCACUGGAAAGAGUAGAUGCUAUUGAUGCAGCCAAUACAGGUGUGAGGAAAUCUUUAUACAUCUCACCAACGAUGGAAGUUAUGAACCAACAACGGAGAUCGACACUGUUCAAUAACUUGAACCAAUCAGCAGUCUCUAUCGAUACACCAGAGAUGAUGGAACCAACACGCACAGUAUCUCCGGAAAGAAGAACAUAUAAGCAUGAAAAGAGUAAAUCCAGUUUGAGCAAAUUGGUGGAUUCAACAAUUGAUUUAACAGCUUCCACUACUCUCGAUAACCAAAAAAGACAGGGCAGAAGUAAAGGGCACAAUAAAUCAUCUUCUAUUACUCCUUCAGUGUAUUUGGAUAACAUGUUAGAAGACAAUUCGUAG